CGGCCGCGCCCUCCGCCCCGCCCCGCUCAGGUAUCAGGUGAAACUGGCCGGGAGUGCGGGCGGAGUGGCGGCGGCCGGAGCGCGGUGAGAUGGCUGCAUGUCGUGGGUUGUACCUGGUGCUGCUGUUCUGUGUGCUUCUGCGAUCUGCCGCCACUGCUGAAGAGAAUGAUGGCUCCAGCAAACCAAAAGGAAGAAGUUUCAUUGGCUAUAAGGUUCCAAAUGCAAAUAAUUCUGAAGAGUUAUACGAGGUGGAUGAAUUUGUAGCAGAAGUCCUCACAGGAAAGCUGACUACAGUUUUUAUUCCCAUUAUUUAUAUAUUUGUCUUUAUAAUUGGUUUGCCAAGCAAUGCCAUGGCCCUCUGGGUCUUUUUUUUCCGAACAAAGAAGAAACAUCCGGCUGUGAUUUAUAUGGUUAACUUGGCAUUGGCAGACCUUCUUUUUGUUGUCUGGUUCCCACUGAAGAUUUCAUACCAUCUAAAUGGCAAUAACUGGCUAUUUGGUGAAGGUCUCUGCAAAGUAUUUGUUGGGUUUUUCUAUGGAAAUAUGUACUGUUCCAUCCUCUUCAUGACGUGUCUCAGUGUACAACGGUAUUGGGUUGUAGUGAACCCCAUAGUGCAUUCAAAAAAGAAAUCAGAAAUUGCUUUGGGCAUCUCCAUUGCUAUCUGGAUACUGAUUUUGUUGGGCACCAUACCAUUGUAUCUUGUUAAUCAGACAGCAUAUGUUUCAAAUCUUAACAUCACAACCUGCCAUGAUGUGUUGCCUGAAAAUGUUUCAGCUCAUGAUAUGUUCAGUUAUUUCCUCUCUCUUGCAAUUGGACUCUUCUUAAUCCCAGCUAUCAUCACUGCUGUUGCAUACAUUCUAAUGAUUAAGACCCUGAGUGCUUCCAUCAUAGACGUAAGCACUGGGAAGAAACGAAAAAGAGCAAUCAAACUCAUUAUUGUUGUCCUGUCCUUGUAUCUCAUCUGUUUUACACCUAGCAAUGUGCUGAUUGUUGUGCACUAUUCAGUCCUCAAAGCCUACAGCCAGAGCCAUCUGUAUGUGUGGUACAUAACUGCCCUAUGUCUUUCUGCUUUGAAUAGUGGUAUUGAUCCAUUCAUCUAUUAUUAUAUUUCAAAAGACUUCAGAGACAACCUUAAAUAUGCCCUUCUUUGCCAGAGUGUGCGAACUACACAGAGGAUGCAAGUGUCUCUCUCAUCGAGCAGGCACCUCAAGAAAACAAAUUCUUAUUCUUCAAGCUCAAGUAGAACCAAUAAAUCAACCUACUGAGUUUAAUCUUAGAAAAGUGAACUUCUGUUAUUACUGAUGAAAGGAUGUGAGUGACAAUAGACUUUGUACAAGAGUCUGAAGAAACACCUCUGCAUUUUAAUUACAUUGAAGUCUGGAAUUUGGAACUGACAGUUGCUUUUUCUGUGUAGAAAUCAUAAGCAGAUAAAUCUUCCUGGGAAACUAGGGGAAAAAAAAGAAGACAUUUCAGAUGCUGUGUAAAAAUGCUGCUGACCUAGAACUGAGGCUGAAGACAUUCUUGUUGAAUAUAAAAGUUGCUAAAAAGCAAAAUGUCUCUGGAAUAUUAUGCAGUAUUGUUAGUAUUUUUAAUUACCAGAGAAAUCUGUUUUGUUUAACUGUAACUGUAAUCUAUUAAGCAUCUGAAUAGAUUGUGUGUAUAGGACCUUGCUCUGUGUUCCUGCUUACACUGAACAUCAUUGGAAGAUGUAGAGAGAAAUAGAGAAAAAUCCACUUCACCAUCUUGGAUUAAACUGUUUAUUAUCUUUGGUAUAAUGUAAUUUAUGUCUUGUUUUCCAAGUUACUGUGCUGUAAGUACUAGCAUAGCAAAAACCUAUAAUGUUAUCCUAUUUGAGUUGACCAGCUGAUCUUAUCAGCUAGCACUGGGAUAAAAUGUUAGUUGAGAUUAUCCGCUGUUACUUAACAUUUGCCAGUACAUGAUCUUAUAUGGGGAUAUACAACAAACUUUUGAUGGAUAGAUAUUUGAUUUUAUAAAUGUGUCUUGUAUUUUUUAAGACAUCUAAAUAAGAUCUUUUUUUUUAUAACACA